CAGACAUUUUUUUCCAAAGAGAUUUAUAGUUAAUCGUGAGUGAAUACAAUUCAAGCAAUAGAGUUGAGGGGCCCAGGGACACCUGAACCAGCAAGCUUCCAAUUACCAGUCCAAUACUUUAACCUAUUGGUCAGCUGGAAUACUCAAGUUGGCUGUGGCAUAAAAAGAUGCCUGAUUUAAAUGAUUCCUGAUUUUUAUUAUAGGGCCCGAUGUGUACCAAGAAGACAUUCCAAACAACACUACAGCCUUCAGCUUGAAUGGUUGACAUGGUUGACACUAGGCUGGGUCCACAAAAACAAAUUCUGACCGUACAAUCAUCUGCAUGUUCAAACAGAAAUCAAGCUUUAUCAGACCGGGAAGGAUAUUUGGCACCAUUUAACUGUGUGGUUUUAGUGUAGCUGCCUAACCAGCCUCACAAUGACACACUGGUUUCAUCGAAAUCCUUUGAAGGCGACAGCACCCGUGUCAUUCAAUUUGUAUGGAGUAGCAUCCAGUUCAGCUGCCAAUAAAAUCUGCAAUGAUUUGAGAACAACAAGGGCUAGGCUUUUGGACAUGUUCAUAGAUUCUACAUGCACUCCAGAAAUUAUGAAGAAAGCCUCUGAUGAGUAUUUCUCCCUUUUACAGGGGUUUAUUGUGUCACUUGAUGGUACCACACAGGAAAACAAGCUUAGGUUCAUCCAGAAUUUCAAGUGGACUGACACUUUACUAGGAAACACUCCAAGUGCUCAACAAGAUGCUGUGUUUGAACUGGCAUCUGUGGGAUUUAACGUUGCUAUUUGGCAUACAAAAUUUGCAUCACGGCUUGCAGGAAAGGAAAACAUCACUGAGGAUGAAGCAAAAAAUGUUCAUAAGAGUCUGAAAAUUGCUGCUGGACUUUUCACAUAUCUUAAGGAAAUUCUAAUUCCCCGUCUCAUCACACCAGCUGAGAAAGGCAGAGACUUGGAGCCCAGGGUCAUUGAAACUUACAUUGUGCAGAGUCAAGCAGAGGCUCAAGAAGUGACCAUUGCCCGUGCAAUAGAGCUAAAGCAUAAUGCUGGCCUCAUUGCAGCUUUGUCAUUUGAGACAGCAAACUACUAUCAAAAGGCUGAUCAUAGUCUGAACACGUUGGACCCAGAGUACAGCAGUAAGUGGAGAAAGUACCUACAGCUGAAGCACCACUUUUACAUGGCUUAUGCACACUGCUACCAUGGACAGACACUCCUUGCUAGUGACAAGUGUGGAGAAGCCAUUAGAUCCCUACAGGAAGCUGAAAAAUGUUACUCCCAUGCAGAGACGCUGUGUAAAGAAUAUCGUCAGACCAAAGGCCCAGGCAGCACUGCAAAGCCUUCUGAACAACUCUUCUUCACUAAGCUUGGCAGCCUCAUCAAGAACACUCUGGAGAAAUGUCAGCGAGAGAAUGGUUUCAUAUACUUCCAUAAGGUUCCAGCAGAGGCACCUGUUUUGGAAUUGAAGGCAAGUUACGGUCUGGCAGAGCCCAUCGCCUUUGAGCUUCCUUCUGUUAGUAGCCAGUGUUCUCCUGAGGUCUACACCACAUUUGAUCUUACAAGAGUGCAAAAGGAUGACAAGGCGAAUGCCAAACCGAAGCAGGAGGAGGAUAUAAAGCCUGUAAAGGAACCCGAUUUGAAGCCCCAGAAAGACACUGGAUGUGUGAUCUCUUAAGAAUUUACAGGAGCAACAUUAUAACUACAAGUGUCUACAUACUUUUCCAUGUCGCUAAAUAUUAUCAUAAUUUUUAUUUUACGUUUUUUACCACAGGCACAUUUUACAGCUCAGUUAGAUCUAAAAGCAACAUAAUAAUCUGUAACACUGCAGUGUUAGUCUUCAUGAAUACACAAUGAAAAUAAUUAUUUGCCUAGCACAUGCAGGACACUCAGCAUGUUAAAAAAUAUGGCAGUGUCCUUAAUUAAACUUUUUGUACUCCCAGUAUUUUACAUUGAAUCAUUUAUAUUCAUUUAAAAUUAUUUAUACUAAUACUGUACUUAAACGAAGCAUUUAAUUCUCCACCCAUCUCUCUAACAGGCUUUGUGAAGUAAUUCAUUUCAGUUUCUUUUGUUGGUUUUAAUGAAUAGGAUUUUUGAUGUGUAAUGAGAUACCUAGCAUACUGUACACUUUAAUCUAUUUGUUGAUCAAAUGUUUGCACUGACUGAAAUGUCUGUGUAAUUUUUCUUUAACUUGUAGGUCAAUUGAUUUGUGUAAAUAGCUUCUGAUCCAAAUACGUUACAAACAUAAAAACUUGUAUUAUUUUAACAUCUACACUUAUAUGCACAUCAUUAAGCAGAAUGUAAACAUUUGAGCACAUUCAGUAUGUUAAUAUUAAAUAAUAUAUUAGUAACAAAUCUCCAAGCUCAGAACUAUUAUGUAAGUGUCUUAGGAGCCAAUUUCUACAAGACGUGUAACUUCUUACCAAUUGAACUGUAUACAUAAACCCAAUAAAUUAAUUAAAUUAGUUGUGUUCCACGCUAUCUUUACUUAAGUUCUCUAAUGGCCUGUAUCCUUAAAUAGCAAUCUUAGCUACACAGUUUGUUGCCAACAUGUUAAUUUCUGCCUCAAAACAGAGAAACCUCAUAUUACCAAUACUUUUUACCAAUAAUUAGAUUACAUAGACAGAGAUGUACUCAUUUUUAAGAUGGUAUGACAUCCCUGAACUCAGUCAGAAAAUGAUGGAUUUUCAGGAUUUCCAACCAAGUAUCUUUUUUUUUAUCUCACUUUAAAUUGGUAGCCCUGUUUUAGUUUGUGUGUGAAAUGGGAUAGCAGUAUACAUUGUAAAGAGUAUUCUCAAGAUGAUCAUAAUUUAAUAAAUACAAUUCUCUGGUAUAAUUAAGUAAAUAUAAAGCUUUCCUUCUCUCAUGUACCUUUAAACUGAAAUGUGUUGGAUGGCUUUCUCUAGUAAAACAAUUGUUAAAUGGGUAUUUUGUAUUUAGUUAUGUUCUGUAAAGUUUAGUCUUGCUUUCUGAACUGUCUGCCGGUGGGAUCUCACACCACCUACACAGAUCCCACACAAAGCCUGUCUGUACUAACUUUGUGUGUGUGUGUGUGGUAGAUGACUUUGUCUAUGUGUCUAUAAAGGUAAUUUAUUAUUAUUUGUAUUAAAAAUUAAUGAAUGCACAGGGGUCAACACACUCCCUCUCACUGUACUCAUGGGCAAAUUAGCAAAUUAAAGUGUGUACAUAGAA